CAAAAACUACUAAUAUUUACAUAUUUAACAUUCUAUUUAUACCUUCAUUGGCAAAAUUUUCAAAAACUGUUAUCGGCGCAAAUUAUCGAUAAGUGUUUACAAUUGAUUUUUCGGAAUAUUUUCUAACACUUGGUUACCACAAGUAGAGCCGAUACUAUCGAUGGAUUUCCCAGCUCUACCACAAAGAACCUAGUGAACGAUCUGGCAACACCGCAUAGAAUAGAUUUUUUUGUUAACAUUUGCAGGAACUUUGCAGCAGCCAUUUACAAUGCCCUUUGAAUGAGUUGAGAACCUUGCCAUUAAGUGCUAUUAAGUUGUAAGCAAUAACCAGUUGAAGAUCAAAUAACUGGAGUUUUGAAAAUGGAGCAAAACACUACCUCCUCGACGACGGUAACGGAGACGGCUCUGUCCGAUGAAGGCGGCUCUGGCCCCGCCCCCGCCAUAGAGCUGGGGCUGGAAAAUGCAUCAGGAAGUAACAGUGGCUUAGACACGGUCAGUGCCACACAUGAAUUUCAGACAAUGAAACCGGGACCAGGAGUAACAAUGGCUCAAAAGCAGCUCCAGCAACAACAACCCAAUGGUCCGCGUUUGCGGACUGAGCUGCCACACAGUGAGCUGGUCAAGAUGCUUUACUAUCUGGAGGGUGAGCUGCAGGCGCGGGACGUAUGCAUAGCCGCCCUACGCAGUGAACGGGUCAAACAAUUGAUUAGCCAGCUGAGAACUAAACGAGUGCAACCAAAUGAUCCCUAUGCGGCAAUAUUUCGCGAUAAGAUUGCCCUCAAUGGCAAUCUAAUAUCACGGGAAUCCUCCACUCAGGCGGCUCAAGCUGAAAUGGAAGUACGCCAGAUAAUUGAACAGCAAAUGGAGCAACAGUACCAAAUGGUUAACAAACAGAGGGCAACCCAUGUCCGUAUGGUCACCAUACUGACCGAAUCUCUGGAGAACAAUCAACGCAUGUUGCAGGAACUCGAAGAUGAGAAACGCAAGCAUGAGAAUGACACAGCCCAGGGCGAUGAUAUAACCUAUGGCCUGGAGAUGGAGAGAACCAAACUGAAUCAACAGCUGGAAGAGGAACGUGCUCAGGUCUCCAAAAUGGAAAAGGAACUCAAAAAGCUUCAAGAAACUUUGGAAUACGAACGCAAUCGGCAAAAACAAAUUGUCCUCCUGCUCAUAGCGGAGCGCAAAAAGAUUUUAAUGAAGUACAUAGAAGAGGGCAAACGAUCUGAAGAUCUGGCUCAAAUCCUUGCCGAGGAGAAACAACGCUCGGAUACCAUAGCCGAGGGUCUCGAAGAGGAGAGCAAAAAGUCCCUUCGCAUGGAGGAGGAACUGGAGAAGCAAUCUCAGUCCAUGGACCUAGAGCGCAAGGCUCUAUUGGCCAAAUUGGCUAAAGAGGAAAUGCGAGUCAAGGACUUGGAGCAGGAGCUAAAUGCCCUGCGUAGUGAGCAUGAGACUCUUAAGAAACAGCAGCAACUAUCAGCCACUGGCUCAUCAACUGUUCCUGGAGCAGCCGCCAAGGCUCGUCAGUUCAGUGAUGAUGCCUGUGCCACGCCCUCGAAGGUGAAUAUAGCCAAAAUAGUGCAGCCAACAGCAACAGUGUCAAGUAUGCCGGUAUCGGGUCCACAAACUGGUAUAGCACGUUCCAUUGUGCCGGGCCAGAAUAUACGAAGUGUUGCCCAACCCACUGGAGUGGCCACCGGACCCCCAGUACAAGUGGCUGUUAAUCACACCAAUGUCAUCACAAAUACCACCAAUAGCAACAAUAAUACCAGUGGAACAACAACAACAACAACUGGACCACAAAUAACUUCCAUAACAGGCGAUGGAGCAGUUGUUUCUGCUGCUGCUCCUGGUGGUGGAGCAUCGCAGCCACCGACAACCAUUGCAGCAGCUGCACCACCAUCUCCAUCGCCAGCCAAAAUGCAACCGACAGCAACUAUACAACGUGCUCCGGGUGGUAAAUAUGCUGCACUGGCUGCAGCAGCUGCAUUGGAUAGCCAAACAGCCACGCCACCGCAUCCACAUCCUGUGCCCAUAGCAGUGCCCCCCGUAACAGUGCCACCGGCUGGGGCACGUGGUGCCCCGCCACCCAUACCGACCAAACCGAUUGUUCCGCCCAAACGGGAGCCCUCACUCUCUCGUCUGGGCUCCAUUAGCGGCAGCAGCGGUGGUGGUCCACCACCAUCAAUAGUUGGAGCUGCCACAACAGUUGCAUCAUCCGCUGUGGCCGCAGCAGCUGGGGCAACGGCAACAGUUGCCGCCGCAACUGCAGUAACAACGGCCAAGCAUAAUUAGACAAAAAGAAAAACCCACAAAAUCAUUCUCCUAGUAGGACCACGCGCCCUUGAUGUCCAGUCCCCGAAUGCGCAUUAUAUUUAUCCCUUUUUUAUAUUAAGCCAAAAUACUCAAAUAUUCCCCCCGAAGAAACAAAUUCCUCCUUCUCAGCCACAAAAAUUAUGCCCAAAAUUAUAGUAGAUGAUCGUUUACAUCAUUUUGUUUUUAGAAUUUCAUCAUAAAAUC